AUCAACCGAUUCGGACGUUCGCAUCGAAAUAAUGUAAAUCAUUUACUCCCUAGUAUAGAACUUCCGCUUUAUGUAAUCGAUUUUCUUUCUCCUUCCACAAUUUUCUUUUGAAAAUAAUCAAUUUAGAGAGCAAUGCCUUUUAUUACGACAUCGUUAGGAACAAUUUUCCUGUUGACGUCUAGGAGGAAAACAAUUAUGUCUGCGAUUGCUGACACUGAAAAUCCAUUUCCAUUCAUUGUAUUUCUUACAAGACAUCAUAAAUACUUAUAGGUUGCCUCUUCACUGGGACCACCAGCGAAAAUGAAUUCAUCUUUUAUUUACGAGCUUCUGUAUCCAGAAAAUGUAAGAAACAUGUUAAUUGUGACCAAUAGGAAGUUUGCGAUUUCUAUUGUUGCCACUUAUGUCUUACUCGUCAAAUGGUUUUUACCUGAGAUAAUGAAAAACAAAAAGCCUUUUGAUUUAAGAAAAGUGAUUGCUGGCUUCAGCUUCAUGCUAUCCACUAUCAACGCCAUCGCCGUAUACGAAAUUACUCAGUUUGUUGUGAAUACUUGGUACUUUAGAUGUGAUGUAAGAUCAAUUCCCCCUAACAUUUUUGAGGCAGGACGACUUUUAAUGUAUCACGCUUAUUUAGUAAGAUUCAUGGAACUAGGUGACACGGUGAGUAUUUUUUUAUUUUAUUUUAUUCAUUUGACUGUGUUCUAA